AUGCUCCGUUGGCUGUUCGUGAUGAAAUUAUUUAUGAAAAAUAAAUGGAGUCACUCCCCCUGGAUGCUGCUGCCGAUCCUGAUCCCGACCAUGCUGCAGCUGCUGCAGGAGUGCAUGGCUGCCACCGCCGCCAGCCCGGACACAACCACGAAUGCAACAUGCAGACAUGCCACGGACAUGUGGGGAGAUCCGGACCCCAACAUAUUCUACGUGUGCUCCGAUGGCGAUGGCGGACAACCGCUGCAGCUGGAGUGUCCGCCGGGUCGGGGAUUUUUCAGCGGUCUCGGUUAUCUGGGCUGUGUGCCCUACGGCCACUGGCCAGCCUGCCGGCCCACGGAGGAGCAGGUGGCCGCCCAGUUGUCAGCUGGCUGUGACAGCACUACCACCACCCCCGGCAUUGUGCCAUCGCCCUGGGCCGCGCCGGAUCCCAAUCGAUUCUACCUGUGCCCCAGCCCAGGUGCCACACCUCUGCUGCUCAGCUGCGCCGCCGGCCGAGGAUUCGUGGCCAGUGCGGAGAUGGUGGGCUGUGCGGACUGGACACAAUGGCGUCGCCAGAUGGAGUGCGAGGCGUACUACUGA